AUGCAGGAAAAGGUGGCGUCCAGGUCGGCAAAACCCAGACGGGGUGCGCGGAGCUAUGAUGGAGUAUGCCAAGUCGCACAAGGCUGGACACGAGGAAUGGUCGUGGUUCAAGAGGGGAAGAGGAGUCCUGUGUUGAUCUUACGUACUCCGUUCAUCACGAAGUCCAAGAUGACGCCGAGCUAUCCCCGCACGAAAUCCUCACCACCGCACGCCGUUGAAAGCAAGGACCUGCCCACGAGCUUCCGGGAUAAUGAAAACACGUUGCGACCACCACACGAAGACUGGGACGUGUUCCUUGAGCAGGAGCUGUCGGUCCAAGGUAUCGAUGAAGUUUUCGACCACCUCUGGCUAGUCGGACGGCCCUAUCCACCACGUUCCAUCACGAUUCAAAAUGUUUUGGGCAGAGAGCGAGUGCCUGUCCCAGAUGCUACCCUACAACUGGUCCGGGCAUCAAGCAAGAUAUACAUCAAGCCUUUACCUCGUUACCUUCUCGCCGAAUCAUUCUACGACCAGUAUCUGACCCCCAGCUCCAUGCAACGCACCGGUCCUGGUCGAGAUGGACUUGGUCUACUCUUCUCAUACCUGACCCUGGUACCAACGGAGACUGACUUCGAUAUGGCGCAAAAGGAUCACUUGAUGCCGUCCAUUCCCAACCAUUAA